AAAAAGUAUGUAUGUAUGGGCCUAGGGAGAACCGGCAUUCUUGUUAAUGGCCUUGAAUACACUAUUGAUUGGGUGAUGUGUACUGACUGGAAGUUCAUGGCGUGUAUUCUCGGAAUUAAUAGUCCCUAUGCCUUGUACUUCUGCAUUUGGUGCGAGUGCAGCAAAAGGAUGAUCAGAGACUUUUCUAUCCCACAAUGGCCCAUAACCAGAACCUUAAACCAGUGCCGUGCACGUGUUGGGUGUCCAAAUGCCAAGGGAGUUCAAUGUUUACCUCUCGUGGACAUUGAAUUUACCAAGGUCAUACCCGACACCCUGCACCUCAAAUUGAGGAUCAUGGGAAAACUUCUCAACCAGGUUGCUUGCUGGGCUAUAGAGCAGAAUGUUAAAAAAGCCAUGGAAGAAGCAAUAGAAGCUUUGGGUGUGAGGUUUUGUUUCUAUGAUGUCCAGGAUGACAGUGGCAAAACAACAACCAAGUGGAGCUCUUUGGAUUGUGAUGAUUUGGAAACUAUCAUUAGGGGGCUUGAUCUUCAUGCCUUCCUAGGAGACAUGGAGAACAAGUCCAUCACCAGCCUUGACUGUCUGACCAAAGCCCAGCUAGUGGAGGAAUGUAGGAAGUUCCAUCUGCGGUCGACAGGCACCAAGGACUUCCUACGUGCCACACUCAAGGAUCAUCUUGACCGCAACAACAUAGUGUUUGAGCCAUCGUCCACUCCUACUUGUGAGAAAACAGUUCUUAGCAUAUCAGAGCUGACACAAGUGUGGAAACGUUUGAUGGUCCUCACUGAUGCUCUUGGGGCAAAUCCUGGAGAUGAAGCACAUCUUCGAGCAGAUGCUUUUCAAGAAAAGGCCCGCCAAUGGGGAACCAAAUUUAGAAAGGCCACGUUUGAUGAGGAUGUAAUUCCAUAUAUACAUGUUCUUGUUUAUCAUGUCCCCCAAUUUUUGGAGAUUCAUGGGAUGAUCCACCAGUUCAAUUGCCAGACAGUGGAAAAGAAAAACCACAUGCAAAACAAGACAUUCCACAGGGGUAGCCAGAAAGGGGGGAAAAUAGCAACUACACUGUACAGAUCAUGGGGAGGGAAAACAGAAAACUGUUCAGUAGGGCAAAUAAUUUGGAAAGGGUCAAGAGAAAAUAUCAAAAGCAGUGAAGACAAAGAAAAAAUGUAUUUAUUUAUUUAUUAUAUUUUUGGUGCUAUUUAUUACUGUUGUAAAUAUCACUAUUUAUAACUUGUAUAACUAUUUGUACCCACAUUAUUAUAUAAAGGCAUUAAAAACAU